AGCGCCGGCCCAGGCACAGGGCAGCCCAGCCGGGGCGGGCGACUCGCGGUGGCCCGGCGCUGCUGGCUGGCUAGCUGGCUGCACACCCCCGCCCGCCCGUCCGCCCGAGGCACUGGACCGGCCGCCGCCGGGCAGAGCCCGUCUCCCGGCUGAGGCUGGAGCCAAGUGACGCCCCCGGCUCCCGCAACCGGCGCGGAGCCUGGCGCCCAACGGGGAUCGGGCCGGCCGUCCCGGCCAGUAGCUGCUCUCGGGCUCCCGGGGAGGCUGGCGGCGGCGGCGGCCAUGCAGAGACCGACGGGGCAGGGCGCCGCCUUCUCCAUUGACUCGCUCAUCGGGCACUCCCCGCCGGCGCCGCGCUCCGGGCCCCUGCUCUACACCGGCUACCCGAUGUUCAUGCCCUACCGGCCGCUGGUGCUCCCCCACGGGCCGCUGCAGACAGCCGCGGGGCUGCCGCCGCUGGCACCGCUCGCCUCCUUCGCCGGACGCCUGACCAACUCCUUCUGCGCCAGCCUCGGCCAAGGCGUGCCGUCCAUGGUGGCUCUCACCACGGCGCUGCCCAGCUUCGGCGAGGCCCCCGACGGCUUCUACCCGGCCCAGGAGCUGCCCGCCGCCGCCGGGCGCAGCAGUACCGAGCCGCCCUGCCGCCGACGGAGUGCGGCCGAAGGCCUGGACCUGGAGGAGCUGCCCGCCGGCCGGGACAAGACGCCCCCGGAGCCGCCCCACCACUUCCCGGACCCCUUCCCCCACCUGGCAGAGGGGAAGGCCUACGGCUCCGACGACGAGAAGACGGCGGAGGCGGCAGGCGGCGGCGGCAGCGAGCGCGAGGACGACGACAGCUCGGCGGAGGCGGAGAGCGACGACGAGGCGGGCCCCGACGGGGCGGGCGGCGGAGGCAGCGGGGCGCCGCCGGGGGCCAAGGCCAGGGCCAAGCGGGGCUCGGGCGGGGGCGUGGAGGCGGCCGGCGGCGGCGGCGGCGGCGCGGGGGCGGCGGCGGGGGGCAAGAGCCGUCGGCGGCGCACGGCCUUCACGAGCGAGCAGCUGCUGGAGCUGGAGAAGGAGUUCCACUGCAAGAAGUACCUGUCGCUGACGGAGCGCUCGCAGAUCGCGCAUGCGCUCAAGCUCAGCGAGGUGCAGGUCAAGAUCUGGUUCCAGAACCGGCGCGCCAAGUGGAAGCGCAUCAAAGCCGGCAACGUGAGCGGGCGCGCCGGAGAGCCCGUCCGCAACCCCAAGAUCGUCGUGCCCAUCCCCGUGCACGUCAACCGCUUCGCCGUGCGCAGCCAGCACCAGCCGCUCGAGCAGGCCCCGCGACCGUGACCGCCGCCCCCACCCCCGCCUGUACAUACGCCGCCCCCCCCCCGCGAUGUCUCCCUCCUCUGUCCCGUGUGAGCGAGCGAGCGAGCGAAUAAGUGGCCGUCAAUAAAUGGAU